GUCAUGACAGCCUUUUCAAAACAAAAAGUCUAAAUCUAGUGCUCUCUUAAUUUCCCUCUUCUAUUGUUCUACAGAAAAUACUAUUGGGAAGUUUUUGUUAUAAAACCGUAAACUCUAAUACUGCUGAGUUGGGAGUGAACAAAGCAACCAUGUUGACCUGGAUAUUGACCCUCCUAGCAAUCCUUCUCACAGUGUUGGUCUUGCACAGAAAGAACCGGUAUAACCUGUUUAAGAGGAUGGGUAUAAAUGGACCUGCCCCUGCAUUCCUUAUUGGCAAUUUCUAUGACAUGUACAAAUAUGGUCUGCUGAAGUGCUGGGAAAAGUGGAGAAAUGAAUAUGGGGGAAUGUAUGGAUACUAUGAAGGGCCUCAACCAAUCUUAGUAAUUACAGAUCCUGAGAUGAUCAAGCAAGUUUUUGUCAAAGACUUGUUCAGCAAUUUCAGUGGCAGGAGGAUAUUUCCCAUGGGUCGUGGCCCCAAGCAUAAUCCUGAUAUAAUACAAUCAGAGGGCCAAGAUUGGAAGAGAAUCAGGGCUUUAUCAAGUCCCUUUUUCAGUGGGGUCAGAAUGAAGGAGAUGUCUCCUUUGAUAAACAACAGCGUUGGCAAACUUCUCAAUGUUUUAGAAGAGAAAGCAAAUGCAGGAACAACAUUUGAUAUUUACAGUGUAUACCAAGGCCUUACUAUGGAGGUGAUUUGUGCAUGCGCCUUUGGGACGGAUCUUGAUGCCCAAGUUGAUACUAAACACCCUGUCUUACUGAAAGCAAGGGAACUGUUUCUGAGAGUUUCACAGAGGAAUGCACUCCAAAUAGCAGCAUUCCUUUUGCCUGAAUUGAGGCCUCUAUGGUUUAGAUUGGGUAGAAAGCUUGGGGAAAUCUUCAACAAUCCAUUCAUUUAUCUGCGGGAACACAUACGGCAUAUUAUUCAGAUGAGGAGAUCACAAAAGCUUGACAGAGUUGACUUCAUUAAUCUUAUGCUGAGUGCUACUGAACAUGCUAAUGAUGCCUCAUUCACAAUGACCUCUGAUGACUCUGACACAGCUGACCAAUCAACUGGAACAUCAUCCGGUGACAAAGAAACAUCUUCCAGUUUAAGAAAGAAAGGAAUGACAAAUGAGGAGAUGGAAGCAAAUCUGAUGAUAUUCUUAUUGGCGGGUUACGAAACAACAAGUACUGCUCUAGCCUAUACAUCAUACCGACUAGCAUUGAACCCUGAUGUCCAACAAAAACUCCAAGUAGAAAUUGAUGAAUAUUUUCCAGAUGAUGAUGACAUGUGUCCUACUUACAACUCUGUUCAGAAGCUGCCUUACUUAGAUAUGGUGUUUAGUGAGGUUUUGAGACUACACAGUAUAGCUCCUCCGAUCAUUGCAAGAAGAUGUACUAAAGCGUGCACAGUAAAGGGAGUCGACAUUCCUGAGGGAGUCAUGGUAAUGGCAGACUCUGUUGGUCUACACAUGGACAAGAAAUACUGGGGACCUGAAGACCCUGCCAUCUUUAGUCCUGACAGAUUCCUGCCCGAAAAUAAAGCAAAGAGAGACCCCAUAGCCUGGAUGCCAUUUGGUCAUGGGCCCCGUAACUGUGUAGGGAUGAGGUUUGCAUUAAUGGAAGCUAAAUUUGCCCUAACCAGACUUCUGAAGAAAUACACUAUUCACAAAACAGAUGAACUUCAAAUUCCAUUACAAAUAAGAGAAGGGGGGACAUUUGUUCCGAAGGAUGGAGUGAUGGUGUCUGUUUCAAAGCGAAAUGAAUGAGAAGCAUGAUUCAUGUUGAUAGUCUACAAUGAAACGAGACCUUAAUAGCUGGCUAUUGAAGAGUCCAUUUGUUAAUGUUUUUAUAGUCACUGCAUUAUCGAUUAAUCAGGUAUCAUGUUAGCUCAAAUGACUGGACUUUGGGAUUUUUCAAAAAAUUGCCACUGCUUGUUAGCUUUAGCAGUGAUUUUCAUAAACAAUGAAUUGUAUUAAAUCAGUUUGAGCAUGGAAGCAUUUUUUAUGCCUGGCUCUGCUGUCAAGUUUAUGAUGAACAAUUAAAAAAGUUUCUAUGGUCAUUUGAAAUCAUUACAAGUAUAUAUACACUAGGCACUUCAAUUUUUGUUUGCUUCCUGAAAAUUUGAUUUAAUCGGAAUGUGAAAUUAGACAUAUAGUAUAAUAUAUAUUGAAAUUUGAAUGGUCUAAUUCAAUACCUAUGACUGCUGACCUAUACCUGC